UGCUACCUUUCAACAGCAGCUUGGAUGCCAAAGAUCACAUUGAAAAUACAGUUGUGCAUUCCACAUAAUGUGGAUACAACGCUACAGCUCUGAUGCAUGCUUUGUAUUUGCUCAAUGGCAUAGCAGAUGGCACCCACCACACACCAACCAGAGCUUGUUUGUUCUUGAUUGUGCCAGUAGGGUUGGUCCACUGGCUGCAACUGGAAGAUUACGAUUCUUUGAAAAUUCAUCCGGGGUCCUUCGGGGAAAUGAGAAGUAAAGAACCACAAUGCCACAAACAAGAAUGCGCAUGAGGCCAUGGCUGGAGUUACAGAUCAAUUCCAAUAAAAUUCCUGGACUGCACUGGAUUAAUAAGGAGGAGAAGUUGUUCCAGAUUCCUUGGAAACAUGCAGCUAAGCAUGGUUGGGUACUAGAAAAAGAUGCCUCUCUUUUCAAAAACUGGGCCAUUCAUACCGGCAGAUACAAAGAAGGUGAUGUACAGCCUGAUCCAAAAACUUGGAAAGCAAAUUUUCGCUGUGCCAUGAAUUCAUUGCCUGAUAUUGAAGAGGUGAAAGACAAAAGCAUUAGCAAAGGCUGUAGUGCCGUUCGGGUCUAUAGAAUGCUGGAACCCUCAACAAAAUCACAGCGAAAAGAAAAGAAGUCAAAAUCUUCAAAAAGCAAGAGUGUGAGAAAGCCAGCGGAAGAUAUCAAGACAGAGGAGACCGCUGAAGCAACCAACAGCAUUCAACUACCAGAUGACCACAGUGGCUAUGUACUUGCCAGCUACUCACCAGAGGAAAUGGAAGUGGGGAGCACAAUAGAUCUCUCCACAUGUGACUUAGGCAGUGCUGACUGGAGGAGCCACCAACUGGAAGUGCAGAUGCCUGACAGCACAAAUGACAUGUACCCAUUUCAAGUGUCGCCUAUCACAUCCUCUUCGGAUGCAACAGAUGAAGAUGAGGAUAGCUUUCACCGACAGUUUAACGUGCCCUUAUCUAACUCCGAAUGGCACCCAACCUCUUUUGGUGAGAAGGGCUACCUAAUCAAUGAACCUGGCAUGCAGAGUCUCAGCUUGGACCUUAUCCUUCAAGACCCAGAUGGCGUCCUUAGUACAGAUAUGACGCAAGUUGAUUCAAAGAACAGCUGGGAUUUCCUUCUGUUAGAGUCACUACGAAUUCCAAGUGUGGCCCCCAUACCUUGUGGCAUGUAAACCCCUUUGUUGAUUGUGGGUAUCUGUGGAAGGGAUUUCCCUGACUGACUUCUGGUGUCACAUGUGAAAACAGCACGUGUGUGAGUUGCUAUUACUGUCAUCGAGGUAUUGUACUAAAAUGUCAAAGCCAAGUUUACACCAUCCAGAGGAGAGGGCAGUUGUGGUAGCAUUGUGUCCUCUUUAGUUUGUUUGAAUACCUUUUGAGCCAAUUAAGUCAUUGCUGCUUCCCCCCCCCAACUUGUUCAUAUAUUAGCAUGACUAGAAUUCCAACUGUCUUUAAAUAUGCAAAAUAUAUGAAACCGUGCAUUGUAUCUGUGUCAUAUGGACAAAUAUUUUAAUCACACUCAAUUUGUCAUUGCUGCCUGCCAUCAGAUUGGCAAAAUGACAGUAUAACUGUGUGUUUUCCACAUUAGAACAAAUAUUCCCCUG